AUGCCGCCCAAUGUUCCGGGAGAGCCAGUUUCAGCUGGGGCGAGCGAACCAAAGAAGAAGCGAGCAUCCCCGACGAAGCCCUUACCGGACGAAGAUAUCCUGCAAGGCUUGUUCGAGUACCUCAGCCUACACAAGUGGACGCUCGGACAAGCUUUGCAUCACAUCUUCUCCAUGCCGAAGAAGAAGGAUGCGCGUCCUCGUCGUCCAAACCAUAUCUCGGCUGUUCAACAUUUCCUACGAAAUCCCAACUCUAGAUACCCUGCGAUCGACAUCCUACGCCUCAUCAUGCACCAUCCCAUGUCUCAUCCCGAAUACAUACAAGAUCUCGAGGCAGAUGGCGGGUACUAUAAUCUUUCAGGGAAGCCUCUCAGUGAGAUGCGAUAUGCUGCUGUUGCCAUCACUUCGUAUGCAGCUCGUAUCGUGUCAGAUGAGAUGGGCAAUGAGUUCGCUCUACUGGAAGAUGAUGACAAUGGUCUGCGUGUCCGCUGCUCUGAGGUGAAAUCCAAGUCCAAGGCAGAUGGUGGUGGCUCCUCUGAUACGAUGUCGGCACCUGUUCGCAAUACCACUACAUCCGCAGAGAAUACGGGGUUCGCAGAUCCCGAAGUCCAAGCAGCAGUCGAUGGAUCUGGUUUACGAGGCACCUUUGAUGAGAUCGGUGGGACUUCGGAUGAAGGAGAUGCUGAGGGGGAGGACGAGGAUCACGAUUCAGCAGGACCUGCUGUGCGACACGAUCCUGAUGCAACACCCCGUACUCUCCCGAGGCGAGGGGGCUCUCGCGAUCCUAAAGCGAGCUGGGAAGCCAUCAACAGUUUCUCUCUCAAGAGCUUGGAUAAGACGUACUCCCGUGUAGCACCACUCACCCAUGCGCUGCUCGGUACAUGA